AUGGCCACGUCCACUACACCCAAGAUCCAUACCUUUUCAUACGUAUUCCCUCCCUCCCUUCCUACAGCGCCAACUUUUGGCCUGUAUGUUACAUCGUUGACAGACACCUACCUCCUCUGGUUAGGAGUACUGCCUCCUUCCGCAACGGCCAUUUCCGUACCCGAUCCGUUGCGGGAGGAGGAAGGCAGUAGUGGUGCGGAUAUGAUGGGGCUAGGGACGGAUGCGAAACUGGGAAGAGACUGGGCGAUGGGCAUGCCUGGCCGGGGUGCUAUCCCUGCCGUAGGGACCCAGCUACUCAAAGGCGUAGGGGAGGAUGUCGCGCUCCCGCUUGCCCAGCGAUUAGCGAGGAGAUUCAAGAAACAGGUAUUCCUUAGCGUUGAUGUUGGUGAGCUUGGUACGGGUGGACAAGGUGGGCGAGUGAUGCUCGACGUUGAACGGCAGCUUGUGGGCGUUCUUUCAGAGUUGGAGAAUUCCAAAAGUAAGGCGAUGGGAAGUGUACAAUAGCACAAGCUGUCCUUUGUAAUACUGUAAUACAGUUGCAAGGGGC